AUGCUCCAUUACAUCAAGGCUAACCCCGCGGCAUGGCUCCAAGAUUAUAUGGCAGACAAGAAGAAUGAGCCGAGCGGCAUGGCGGCCUCAAUGAAGCUCUGUCGGCGUUUUGCAGGUAUUUGCAGGUAUUUGCAGUUUUUUUGUACAAAACCGUAUUCUAACUUGAAAAUCCCAGCUGGCUACGAACCGCGGGAAAGCAGUGUACAUUUUUAUAUGCCGCUGACCCGCUCGUGGGCAGAGAUGAGGCGGCGAGGCUCUGCCAGGGUUAAGAAUCUGAAGAAACACUCCGGCCGGCUUACAGCUCUCAUCACAGUCCAGGCUGACGAUACGAUUUUUUUGCACUUCACGUAUAACAGAGAACUCCUGCUAUAG